GGUCAGAACUCCCGUCUUCACAACAUGAAACACAGGAAGAACUGAAAAUCAAUGACUUUUUUGGACUCAUCAGAAAACUGAAGUCAUAGAUGUCUCCCCAAAUCUGCAGAGACCUGCUAACACAGUUACAGCCAAGAGCUGCUUACCUGGGGCAGAAACCACUGGGGCCAAGAACUAGCAGGAGCUCUUGAUACUGAUUUGGAUGAAAUGCUGGAAGCGGAGUGUGGACAGCGUUUGAGUGAGAAUCUCUGGGGCUGCAGGCUUGGGGGUCCCACUUUUGUGGAAUCGACAUUUAGGAACCCAAGUUCUCACCAUGAAACGCCAAGAAAAAGAUCACCUCGCUCUGCAGGGGGAGAGGAAGGGAACUGUUCUGCGACACACCCAGAGCAUCUCUCAAACAACACAGUGAGAAUGGCUCUCCAGGGUGUGGUCUCACCUGGGGCAGGGCACUGCCCACACCAGCCUUGCCGUCUCACCAAGGGGGGAAAGAAAAGGAGAAACAUGUGCAAGGGGCACCGCCCACAAAAGGCUGAAAUGGAAUCACAAGAUCAGACUGCUUCUUCCCCCAGCCUCAUACCUGGACCUCAACAGGAAAGGCGGAAGCUCUCAGGGAACCCCUAAGGACAGCGGGGCAGACAGAACAUGAGGACAUGAGAGGGAUUUGAAGCCCCCAGGAUCUGGUCACAGCAGAGAUCAGACACAGCCCAAAGAGAGCCAGGUCAGCAUGACACCUCAAGCUAAAGGCCUGUUUGCCUCCGUUUCUCUUAUCUGAUACACGUCUACCCUUCAAAGAAACUACAAGACAGGCUUAAAGGCAGAAGAAACAUAGUCUUAUGAACCCUCACCUAGCAUAAGGACCUGACUCAGACAUGGCAGGGACUUUGGAAUGAUCAGACUUGGAACUUAAAAUAACCAUGAUUAACAUGCUCUAAUGGACAAAGUGGACAACAUGCAAGAGCAGAUGAGUUAUAUAAGUGGAGAGGAAAUGCUGAAAAUCAAACCUACAGUCACAGAAAUGAAGAAAGCCACUGACGGAUGGGGGAAGCAGCAGUGAAUCUGCAGAAAACACGCCAACAGGAAACUUCCAAACAAAAUGCAAAGAGGAAACAGAAAAAAGAAAAGACUAACAGAGAGUCACAAAGGUGAUAUACAUGCACAAUGGAAAUAAAAGGAGACAACAGGGAAGACACGUGUAUAGCUGAGAAUUUUUCAAAAUUAACAGCAGACUGUACCACAGAUGCAGGAAGCUCAGGGAACAUCAAGUAUGAUAAAUACCAAAAAAUCUACACCUCAGCACAUCAUAUUCAAAGUGCAGAAGACCAAAGACAAUGAAUCUUGAAAGAAGCCAGAGGAAAAAGAACCUUUUUUACAGUGCAAAAAGGGUAAGGACUACAGUGGGCUUCUCACUAGAAGUCAUGCAAGCAGAGUAGCUCCUAUGUCCAGUGAAGCCAUCCUUCAAAAGGAGGUGAAAUAAAGACUCUUCCAAAUAAAAGCUGAUGGAGUUCUUUGCCAGCAGACAUGCCCUGCAAGAAAUAUCAAAAGAAGUUCUUCAAGGAGAAGGAAAAUAAUACAUGUCAGAAACUCAAAUCUUUAUAAAGAGCAUCAGAGCCCCGGUCCACCGCACCACGGCCGGCCGGAGCUGGGGGCAGGUGGUGGGUGGGUGCGGAGGCCUGCAGGGAGAAGUGGGGGUGGGAUGGAGGAUUCCAGGGAAGGGCAGGUUUGCUGCCUUCCCCUCCGGCGGCCUCUGGAGGGCCAGGUGGAGGUAUAGCACUUUGGACCAGGUCUUGUUCUCAGCUUGCAGUACUUAAAUGGGUUAGGAAGGAAAAGAUAAACACCAUAACCAAGAGUAUAAAAUGCUCCUUCAGCUGAAUCUUACAGCAUCAUAUUUUCAUCAUUUACCUGAGGAUAAUAAAAUCAGCAGAUAAGUCUCCCUUCCACAGAUGUUGGAGGUGCAUCACUGUACUGCAAGUCAAUCAAUACAGUAAUUUAAGUCACUUCAACUAUAAUGGAAAAGUAUGAAAAAUCAGCUAAGAUUGGAGAAGGGUCUUAUGGGGUUGUAUUCAAAUGCAGAAACAAAACGUCUGGACAAGUGGUAGCUAUUAAAAAAUGUGUGGAAUCUGAAGAUGAUUCUGCUGUUAGGAAAAUAGCACUGAGAGAAAUAUGUAUGUUGAAGCAAUUAAAACACCCAAACAUUGUGAACCUCAUUGAGGUGUUCAAGAGAAAAAGGAAAAUGCAUUUAGUUUUUGAAUACUGUGAUCAUACACUUUUAAACGAGCUGGAAAGAAACCCAAAUGGAGUGGCCAAUGGAGUGAUAAAAAGUAUCUUAUGGCAAACACUUCAAGCUCUUAAUUUCUGUCAUAAACAUAACUGUAUUCACAGAGAUGUAAAACCUGAAAAUAUUCUGAUAACUAAGCAAGGAAUAAUCAAGAUCUAUAACUUUGGGUUUGCACAAAUUCUGAUUCUAGGAGAUGCGUACACUGAUUACGUGGCUACGAGAUGGUACCGAGGUCCUGAACUUGUGGGAGACACUCAAUAUAGUUCUUUGGUAGAUGUAUGGGCUACUGGUUGUGUUUUUGCAGAGCUUCUGACAGGCCAGCCACUCUGGCCUGGAAAAUCAGAUGUGGACCAACUUUAUCUGAUAAUCAGAACACUAGGAAAACUAAUCCCAAGACACCAAUCUAUCUUUACAAGCAACCAAUUUUUCCAAGGCAUCAGUAUUCCUGAACCAGAAGACAUGGAAACUCCUGAAGAAAAGUUCUCAGGUAUGCAUCCUGUGGCUUUGAGUCUCAUGAAGGUGUGUCUGAAGAUGCAUCCAGAUGACAGACUAACCUGUGCGCACCUCCUGCAGAGCCCCUACUUUGAUUCCUUUUGAGGGGACCAAAUUAAAAGAAAAGCACACCAUGAAGGAACAAACAGAAGACGUCAGCAGGUACCUCCAUUCAAAAGCUAA